AUGAGAGCAUUACCACUGCUGCUCUUACUUUAUGUAAACUACGUGGUUUGUGUUGAAGAAUGGAAACCAAGGAAGCCGUAUCCGAAAAAGGUGAUACCGGAAGUAAAUAGAAACCUCCAUUUGAGGAGAUUCAUUGUAAACAAUGCACCGGAGAAAAUAACGAAGAAGAAAUCUGCCAUAGAAGAGUACACCGCCUUUCCCCUGACUGGCGAUCAAGGCUAUGGUAUUCCAAACAGCCCAUAUUUCCCUUUGGAAGAAAACGUUCAUAAAAAGGACUCAUUUAUACCUUCAUUGAGGAAGAAGAGGUCUCCAAAGGCGAAGGCGAAGGCCAAGCCGAAGGCCAAGAAGAAGGCUAAGCCCAAGAAGGCGAAGCCGAAGCGAGCUGGGAGAGCGAAGGCUAAGCGGACUGUAAAAAAAAAAGCUAAAAAGGCAGUGAAGAAGGCCAAGCCCAAGCCCAAGAAGCGCACUGCGAAGAAACCGGCAAAGAAACCGAAGAAGGCUAAGAAGACUAAGAAAGUUAAAAGCCUGAGGCGAUUGAUAGCGGCUAAGGACGCGCUAAUUGAAGAGUAUCCUUACACGGUGUCUAUCCAGAAGGGAAAGGAUCACUGGUGCUCGGGCGCGCUGCUGAACCAAAGGAUGGUCAUCACUACGGCGAACUGUGUCUGGAAAGGCAGUAGAAUGAGUCGUCUAAAGAUCAGAGCUGGGACUAGACACGUGGACCGCGGCGGGCAGGUUGCCAAAAUCCAGGAGGUCAUGCGACAUCCCCGGUGGAAUAUCAGGAGCUACCCGGACAACGACGUCGCUUUGUUACUACUUGACAGGAAAAUCAGAUUUUCACACUCUGUGCAUGGAGUGGAUCUACCUAACAGGAUUAUGUUGCCUCCUUUCAAUGACGUCUGGGUCACGGGUUACGGGGCGAAUAGACGCGAUGGUCUGUAUCCGGACACGGACAUGACCCUACAAGUGUACCACUCUCAGCUGUUGGACAGAGAAAAAUGUAACAACAUCACGAUGAGGUUCGGAGUAGCGGUCACUGAAAACUUCAUAUGUCUGGCCCAGGCCGGGAGACGGGCACCUUGCACGCGUGACACUGGAGCUCCCGCCGUCAGCGACGGCGUCGUCUGGGGCUUGGCUUCCUGGGGCAUUAGGAAACUAUGCGGAACCGAGCGCUUCCCAGCUGUGUACUCCUACCUGGCCUCGCAAAGCAACAUGGACUUCAUUGCCAACGCCACCAAAUCCCUCAUGUCUGAACAGAGGUUUUACCCGUUCCUGGACAGAUACCCCAAGAAGCCAUACAACUACAGCUACCAGACCACCACAGAUCAGUACUACACCGGACAACACUGAUGCGCAAAGGCUCUCUUGUGUUUAUUAUGUCCUAGUACUUUUUGCGUGCCUCCAUUUUUUUUCUAGUUGUUUUCAUCUAUAUAUUUUGCCCUCGCCUUUUGUCCUAUUCCUGUAGGUACCAAAGAUGAUAUAAUAAUUCUAGUACCUGUACAACAUUUUCGCCAUCCUCAUUUUGAAUUCAACCUGAUUCUGCUACUAAAAUCUAGUUCUAAGGUAAAAGUUUAUUUGACUAAGG